UUAAAUCUAUUUGGGCCUAAGGUUUAGGGCUAGGGCUAGAAUGGCGAUCAUCCGGGAGGAGAGCAGCGAGGAAUCGGACCCCACGGGCAAUGGCGCGAUUGUGGAUAGAUUCUCGCGGGCGAAAGUAAUCGCCAUCGCCGCUGGAGCAAGGCUGCUCUUCUACCCGACGCUGGCGUACAAUGUCCUGCGCAACAGCAUGGAGGACGAAUUCCGCUGGUGGGAUCAAGUGGACGAGUUCUUGCUGCUGGGCGCGGUGCCCUUUCGCAGCGAUGUGAUUCUGCUCAAAUCGGCGGGCGUGAGGGGCGUUGUGACGCUCAACGAGCCCUUUGAGACCCUCGUCGACUCAUCCUUCUACCAGGAGCAUGGUAUCAGUCAUUGCGUAAUUCCAACGCGGGAUUAUUACUUUGCUCCGGCUGUUAAAGACAUUCGGCGAGCUGUGAACUUCAUCCAUGAGCAUGCGCUUCGAGGUGAGACAACCUAUGUUCACUGUAAAGCCGGUCGUGGGCGAAGUACAACAGUAGCGCUAUGCUACUUGAUGGAACACCGAGGAUUGAAUCCCAUCGACGCCUUCAACUACAUCCGUGCUCGGCGCCCGAGAGUUUUGCUGGCUUCAGCACAGUGGGAGGCUGUGUACGAAUACAGACACAAGUAUUGCUCGCGACCGCUGCUAGCAAACGCCGGAUCCGGCAGCUGCAGCAGUAGCGACGAUCUAAAGCCAUCCCUGCCGUGCCUGUGCAUUUACUGCACCGAGGAGCCGGUGAUGAUCACCGCCACGGAUCUUGCGGACUACCGCGAGAAGCCCCGAUGGAUGUUGUGGAAGAACUUGGGGCUUGUUCUAUCGUAUCUUCUACGCAUGGAGAAGAUGGAGGCCAUAGAGAUGGCGUGCAAGCCGGCGCAAGACUUUGGCAGCUCCAUCCAGCUAACGGCGUACUGACCAAAACAACAAAUGUAAAGGUUUGUAUUUUGUAUAUAAAAAAAGAAAGACAAGUACGGAAGGCAUAUCCAUGGGUAUAAUCAUGUAAAUAUAAGUACGGCAAUCAAACAAUCACAAAAUUUGAAGUU